AUGUUUGUAAAUUUAAACUCGACGCGCCUCUGUUCAGUUGUCCAACCUGCUCGUAUCGAUUUUCAUUUUUCUUCUCACUGCUGGCCGGAGAAGAAAAUGGAAUCGGUAGGAAUGUUGAGCCGAAUUUUGGCGAGAUCAGCCACUCCCAGGCUCCUGGCUGUGCGCAGCUUCCGAACGAGCGCACCAGCAAUCUCCUCGGCCAUCGCCGAAGGCCCUGAGCGUGACACAAAGAACUUCCCCCGACAGCUGCGCCCAAUUCAGCCCGGCAAGGUACGGAUGGGAUUCAUCCCUGAAGAAUGGUUCGAGCUCUUCUACAAAAAGACUGGAGUCACUGGUCCAUACAUGUUCGGUGUGAGCUUUUUGACGUACCUGUGCAGCAAGGAAAUCUACAUCAUGGAGCAUGAGUACUACAACGGUCUCUCCCUUGCUAUCCUUUGCAUCAUUGGUGUGAAGAAAUUGGGCCCUAGCGUUGCUGCUUGGCUCGACAAGGAAGUCGAUACCUAUGAAAAGGCAUGGGAGCAGGGCCGCGUUCAGCAGUUGGAGGACCUGAAGAGUGCUAUCGAGGCUGAAAAGAAGGAGCAGUGGCGUGCUGAGGGUCAGUCUCUGCUCUUUGAAGCCAAGAAGGAGAACAUUGCCCUGCAGCUGGAGGCUGCCUACCGCGAGCGUCUCAUGAAUGCUUAUGCUGAGAUUAAGAAGCGUCUUGACUACCAGGUGGAGACUCAAAACAUUGAUCGUCGCAUUUCUCAAAAGCACAUGGUCAACUGGAUCGUGUCCAACGUCCUGAAGUCCAUCACGCCGCAGCAGGAGAAGGAUUCAUUGAAAAAAUGCAUUGCCGACCUCAAAGCUCUGUCAGCGACCGCUUAAAUGGAGUGUUGUCAGGCUUUGUAGUAGCGCCUCAAUUUUUCCUAGAUUGAAAAACAAACCCUUAUUUGCCGCAAUUUGCUUUGUUGUAAAUUUCAAAAUAAAACUAAACUGUCUGUACAUGUUACAUGAAAAUAUUUAAAAAUCAA